AUGUCUUCUGAUCUCUUUGUACUUGAUAAUUUCUUCUCUGAUCCAUUCUCUCCAUUUAAUGAUUCCUCCAUUGAUAUUUUCCAAGAAUUUCAAGAAAAUAGUGAUAAUAGUACAAAUUUGAUUCAAGAGAAAAACCCACUCGAUGAAACAAAUACUUUGGAAAAAAUUUCAUCUACACUUCUCUCAUCUUCUUCUUCCCCACCCAGUUUCCAGCUUGAAAAUCUCACAAUAUCCCAUUUAGAAAAUUCAAAAUGCCUUUUUUCAGAGGUGAAAUCAGAAGAAUUUCCAGUCCCUUUUGAGAGUUAUUCGGGUUAUAAUAAUUUAUUUAUGCCUCAAAGUUAUGAUGGGGGUUCUGAGAUUGCAAUGAAGUUCAUGCAGAGGAGUUUUAGCAGCAAUUCAUUUGGUGAGAAACAAAAGAAUUUGUUUCAGCCUGGAUUUGAUAGUGUGUUGGAAUGUUCAAAUUUGCAGCAACAAAUCUGGAAUUCACCAGAGUGUAGUUUUCCAUCUGGUGAAAUGAGAAGGGUUUCCAGCACUGGAGAUCUGCACAAGAUGAGAACAAAGUUGCAAACAGAGAAGUCAUACAUGGAGGAGGCAAACUUCAAAGUGGGGCGCUAUAGUGCAGAAGAGAGGAAAGAGAGGAUUCAUAGGUACAGAGCAAAAAGGACCCAAAGAAACUUCAACAAGACAAUUAAGUAUGCAUGUCGGAAGACGCUAGCCGACAAUCGACCAAGAAUACGUGGCAGAUUCGCACGCAACGAUGAAGCUGGAGAGAUUCCCAAAGCAUCAAUGAUUAGUAGUUAUGAAGACGAAGAUGAUCUUUGGAUUGAUGGACUUCAUGAAGAAGAUUAUGAAGGAAUUACAGGAGGAGGGCCAUUCUUCAACAACUUUGGUUCAACUCAACAUCAGAAUUAUGACUACAGAGGAAUGAAAUUCAGUUGA